GAUUUGUAUUGGCUGAGAAGGAAGUGUGCGUCAGCUUGUUGUCAUUGCGUGGAGAGGGAUAAAUCAUACUGGACAGAUUGUAAACUACAUCCUUGUGGAAGGAAAAGGAGCGGACAUACACAGGUCCUUCUCACUGUCACGAUGCGGGGCAUGCAGGAGAGUCUGUGGGUCCUACCUCUGAUACUACUGGGGCUGUUACAGCACUGGGCUGAAGGCGACUCAUUCAGUCAGGUGUGUGACCCAUCAAAAGAUGGCACCAUCUAUAACUACAAUGCUAAGACCCUGAAUGGGAGUCGUUCAGUCUCCCUCCGUGAGUACAUGGGGAAGACCGUCCUCUUCGUCAACGUAGCCUCUUACUGAGGACUCACCUUCCAGUACCUGGAGUUGAAUGCACUACACAAGGAGAUGAAGGAUUAUGGGUUCACCAUUCUCGGGUUCCCCUCCAAUCAGUUUGGAAAACAGGAGCCAGGAGACAAUCAUGAGAUUCUGGCCUCUCUGAAGCAUGUCCGACCAGGAAAUGGAUUCGUUCCAAACUUCCUGCUAUUCCAGAGGGGGGAUGUGAACGGAGACACAGAACAAGGAGUCUACACUUUCCUCAAAAACUCCUGCCCGCCGGUAGGGGACAGCUUUGGGAACCCCACUAACAGGCUGUUCUGGGAGCCCCUGAAGAUGAACGACAUCAAGUGGAACUUUGAGAAGUUCCUGGUCGGACCGGACGGAAAGCCCGUGAUGAGGUGGUUCCCCCGGGUCACAGUGUCUGAGGUUCGGAUGGACAUCAUCAAAUACUUCAAUCAACUCUUAUCCCAGUCCACCCAGCAGAACAUUGACUAAAGUUUUACUGUGGUCGUGUCCCAAAUGGCACAGUGUUCCCUAUGUAGUGCAUUACUGGAAAUUCAUUACAUAAGGAAUAGGGUGUCAUUUGCGACUCAGCCUGUGUUGUCAUCAGGGCUGGGGUCAAAUUCCAUUUCAGUUGAGUAAAUUCCUGAAUUGAAAUGGAAUUCAUUCCAUCCCCGAUAGGCUGGAUUUGAUUAAAAAAAUAUAUAUAUAUAUAUUUUUUAGAGAUCGCUCCUUUAGAUACAUGAAAUCACAGUGGAACGGUUUCCAGGGUUCAGAUUAAACUUCUUUCUAGACUAAACAGCACUUUCAAAUGGAAAUCCUCCAAUGACUAUGUUUCAAAUUUUAAUUUCAGGAGUAGGCUUAAUCUGGACCAGGAAAACCAAAAUGGUCCUACAACACUUUCCCCCCCCCCAUCCUUUUCA